AUGCAGACCAUCAAGUGUGUCGUCGUCGGCGACGGUGCUGUCGGAAAAACCUGCCUGCUCAUUUCAUACACUACCAACAAAUUCCCCUCCGAGUACGUGCCCACCGUGUUCGACAACUACGCCGUGAGCGUAACCAUCGGGGACGACCCCUACACCCUCGGCCUCUUCGACACCGCCGGCCAAGAAGACUACGACCGCCUCCGCCCCCUCUCCUACCCCCAAACCGACGUCUUCCUCGUCUGCUUCUCCGUCACCUCCCCCGCCUCCUUUGAAAACGUCCGCGAAAAGUGGUUCCCCGAGAUCCAACACCACUGCCCCGGCGUGCCCUGCCUCAUCGUCGGCACCCAAGUCGACUUGAGGGACGACCCGGUGAAUAUCGAGAAAUUGCAGAGGCAGAGGAUGAAGCCGAUCAGUGUGGAUAUGGGGGAGAGGUUGGCGAGAGAGCUGGGGGCUGUCAAGUAUGUCGAGUGUUCGGCUCUGACGCAAAAGGGGUUGAAGAAUGUCUUUGAUGAGGCCAUCGUGGCAGCUUUAGAACCUCCCAUGGCGACAAAGAAGAAGAGCAAAAAGUGUCUCAUCCUCUAA